AUGAAGAGAUGUGAUGAUCUAAUGAACCAGAAGCAAUCCAUUGGAGCUGUCUUACACAAGGGAACAAAGAAAUCCAAUAUAGAGUACCAAACUCGGCUGAUUGCGUCAAUAGAUAUUGCAAGGUUGCUUCUUGUUUUGGGCUUGCCAUUUCGAGGUCAUGAUGAAAGCGAGUCUUCUUUGAGGAAGGGGUAUUUUCUAACUUUUUAUGAGUGGUAUGUUGCACGUUGUCCUGAUGUGGCUGCUGUUGCUUUGAAGAAUGCUCCUCAGAAUUUAAAGUUGGUUUCUUCGACUAUCCAGAAACAUAUUGUGAAAGCUUGUGCUAUAGAAACAGUGAAAGCAAUCAUAGAAGAUCUGGGAGAUGAAUACUUUGCUAUAUUGGUUGAUGAAUCUCGUGAUGUAUCUCACAAGGAACAAAUGGCUCUUGCUAUAAGAUAUGUUGACAAAAGGGGGUUUUCAGUGGAGCGUGUUAUUGGCCUUUCUCAUGUUACUCAAACAACUUCUCUUGCUCUCCAACAAGCUAUUUAUGCAGUGCUUAAAAAACAUAACCUUAGCCCUUCUCGAAUUUGUGGCCAAGGCUAUGAUGGAGCUAGUAAUAUGCAAGGGCAUUUGAAUGGUUUGAAAACUUUAGUAAUGGAAGAUUCUAGGUCUGCUCAUAGCAUCCAUUGUUUUGCUCAUCAACUUCAGCUCACACUAGUUGCAGUCGCAAAAAACCGUGAAGAUGUGGUAUGGCUUUUUGAGUGGAUGAGUGUUCUUCUCUCCACAGUGGGAAAUUCUUUUAAGAACAGAGAUAUGCUUAGAGAGAAACAAGCAAAAAGAGUCCAGACGGCACUGCAGAAUGGAGAACUGGAAACUGGUAGAGGUUUGAAUCAAGAACUUGGACUUAAACGAGCUGGGGAUACUCGUUGGGGUUCUCAUUUCAGCUCUCUCUUGAAUAUGAUUGUUAUGUUCCCCUCGGUAAUUGAAGUUGUAGAUGAUAAUGCACAAAACGCCAGCAAAGCUCUCGAUAGGAUUAAAGCAAAGGGUGUUCUGGACGCUAUUCAAACAUUUGACUUUGUUUUCAUGAUGCACUUGAUGAAGGUUAUACUUGGGAUUACUAAUGAUCUAAGCGUUGCUUUGCAAAGGAAGGAUCAGGACAUUGUGAAUGCCGUGUCGUAUCUUCACACAACCAAAAGAAGGCUACAGGAAAUGAGAAACCAAGGUUGGGAAGGUAUGAUUGAAAAGGUUACUGAUUUUUGCAUUGAACAAGAUAUUGAACUUUCUGAUAUGGAUGCUAUGCAUAUUCCCCGAGGAUCGAAAUCAAAGCGUAAGGUUCAGACUGAUGGCAUAUCAAAUAAGAAUUACUACCAAAGUGUGAUGUACGCCAUUAUUGAUAUGUUACGUGUAGAGAUUGAUGACCGCUUUAGUGAAAGCAGCACAACCUUGCUUCUUGGGAUGGCUUCUUUGGAUCCUUCUGAUUUGUUUGCUAAUUUUGACAAAGAAAAAGUGUUAGCAAUGGCUCGUUUGUAUCCAGAUGAUUUUGGGAGUGAAAGCAAGAUUGAAGAUCUUAGUGUCCAACUUGAUAACUUCCUUGAAAAUGUUCGUGAUGAUUCAAGAAUCUCCAAUUUGAAAGGGCUCACAGGAACAUGA